UGAGUAGUAAAAAAAAUGCCAACUAUUGUGGAAGGUUACACAUCGACGAAGAUAUCGCAAUUGCUAAUGACACUUAUUGGUAUGAAACGCGGUAGCACUAAACAUGAACAGUUGUUAAUAAACACGUUAUUGGUCUACAUAUUUACGACGGUUUUAAUUGCAAUAAGUAUCGAAAGUUCAGAUUUAUUUUAUUCACGGAACGAUCUCUAUGCCCUCACUUAUAAUGCACCAUGUUCCUUCACCGUGACAUUCGAUUUUGUAAAAUUACUGAUAUUCACAUACAAGCGGCAUGAACUGCAUGAACUGCAUAAAUUUACUGAAGAUACAUUUUGGAAUAAGGAUUACAAUGAACUGGAUAAAGCAAUACUAGACAAGUGCGAUACUACAAGUGCCAUUGGAAUGAGUAUAUUAGCUCUAGUAUCAACUAUCCUUGCAUUUCAUUAUUUAACAGGACCAUACUGGGAUGCCUUAGGAACAAAUACCACUGAGAGAGCGUUACCAUUUCCAGUAGUGUUCAACUUGCCACUCACAGUGACCCCAUAUUAUGAGAUAUUGUAUGGUACUGAGGCGAUUGGAGCAAUUAGUAUAGGUAUUUGCAGCGUAGCGUUCGCCUCGUAUCUAUUCUACACGUGCAUCUUUGUUUCCGGCUUCUUUAAAAUCUUGCAGCGAGAGUUGGAGAACGUGUGCGAGGUAGAACUUGAAAGUGUAAACACAAAAUCAUCAUAUAACAAUAAUGAUACUAUGCUUGCAUACAAAAAACUCAAAAAGUGCGUCAUCCAACAUCAACUACUAAUUUGGUAUUUGGAUGAACUGGAAGGACUAUUCUCCUACAUAUUGUUGAUGCUCGUAUUAUGUGCCGUCAUAAUACUCUGCUUUUCUGGAUUUCAAAUAAUUUUGGGAGAUGGAACCACGAAACUGCAUCGUCAAAUUUUAAGCGUAGAAUUUAUCAUGGCUGCUCUGGCUGAAACAGUCCUCUUCGCUUUCUCGUGCAAUGAAAUAUUGACAGCCAGCGCCGCUAUUGGGGAAGCUGCGUAUCGAUGCAAAUGGUACAAGUUACCGUGCGAUGAAUAUGGUCGAGCACUGAGACAGGGAAUGACCAUAAUGGUCAUGAGGUCCUACAAGCCGUGCUCAUUGACAGUUGGCAAAUUUUGUCCCAUGACUCUGGAAGUGUUCACUUCCGUACUGAGUACGUCAUUAUCCUAUUUUACGGUGUUACGGUCAAUGAAUGAAAGCGAGUGAUGAAUUUCAUAAACAAAUCUAGGAGUUGCUGG